AUGAAGCUUUCCACACACACUUUGGCCGCCAUUCUCGUGUCGGCUGCCUCCGCCUGGGCUGCCCCUGCGGGACCUACUGAAAGGGACUUUAAGGAUGCCCUCUACGAGUUCUUGGACGGCAACAAUACUGCGGCUGCAGCUCCUGUCUCAUCCUCUUCGUCGUUUCCAUCGUCGUCGUCGUCGAGUUCCACUACGUCAUUGCUGCUUGCUCAGCCCUCGACACAGAUUCUUGGUAGUUUCUCACUGAGUCCUUCGAGUUCCACUCCGAGCGCCUCCUCCUCUGCUUCGUCCGAAUCCACACCAGCAGGCGCUCAGUUUUUCCAGAACUUGAUGCAGUCAAAGACUAGCUCGUCGAGCUCGCCAAGUUCGCCAAGUUCGUCAAGUUCGCCAAGUUCUUCGAGUGCCCCCAUCUCAACUACUCCAGAGUCUACACAGCAGUUCUCCUUCCCUGCUCCCCUGUCUCAGGGUCUGUCUACUGUCAUAGUAUCCAGUUCUGCUUCUCAGCCACUGGUCCAGAUGGUUCAGUCUUCGCUGUUGGCUCAAGCUUCCUCGAGCCCAUCGCUGACUCUGUCUACUCCAGUUUUCUCGAUACCACAGAUUACCCUGUCUGCUCCAGUCUCUCUGUCUCCCAGCUCUUCUCUGGCACCUGUGGCUCCUAGCUCUUCCCUGACACCAGUGGCUUCCAGCUCUUCUCAGACACCCGUAGCUUCUAGUAGUACGUUCAGCGCCCAGAGCUCCAGUUUUUCUGCUGGUAUGUUUGACUUCUUGAAGUCUGUAGGCUCAAGCUCCACCACAGCUAGUGAUGCUACCAUUACUCCCUCAUCGAGCUCUCCCACAUUCUCUGCAUCUUCUCUGAGCUCUAGUGCUACCGGUAGCUCUGCUUCUUCAUUCGCUACCACAACUCCUAGCACAAUCUCUGCAGCAGCUUCUACCUCAGACUCUUCCUCUGGCGCUCCUGCCAGCUCUAGUCCUUUGGCUUCUUCUGCUACUUCCGCAACAUCCUCUUCUAUUACCGAAACAUCUUCUGCUUCCACAAUGGUCUUGAAUGCUGCAGGAAACUCCACCCAAACCGCGGAAACCUCGUCGUUCUCCACUGUUUCUGAAUCAAUUUCUUCUUUUGCAUCGGUGAAUGCCUCUUCUUCUCCACUUCCUUCUGGAUCUGCAACAUCUUCUGUUACGAGCGGAACCGCGUCCUUGACCUCCACAGAGAGUCCAUCUUCUACGUUCUUGGGUGCUUCGUCAUCUAUCACCUCUGGAUCAUCAAGCUCUUCUGCUAGUGACAUGAACAUGCUUUCUAAGAACCCAACUCCCGAUACUGCUACGACGACUGCAUCAACUUCAAGUUUCUCUUCUGAGUUCUCCGUUUCAUCUUCGCCCACUCCUGUUGCUACGACUCCAGGAACAGAAACUUCUAGCAGUAGCAGUGCCACUUUCUCGAGCAGUAGUACUCUCUUCACCUCUUCAACCUCUACCAGCGCAAGUGAAAGUUUUACAUCUUUGAACACAGGCACUCUCCUGCUUUCGACUACAUCCAGUGUUCCAUCUCUGUCAUCGAGCUUCACUGUUUCUGAGUCUGCGACCCCAACAGUGUCAUCUGUAUCAACUACUGCUCCCUCUACUUGGACUUCUGCUUCUGAGAGCACUAGCUCAUCGACAGCAGUUUCUGAGCCAACAACGACACCUGUGAUUCCUCUCACAAGUUCGACAGUGCUGACCAGCUCCGCAAGCUCCAGUUCUUCUUCUCUGAAUGUCUCCGUUGAAUCUUCAUCUAUAAUCCCAACCACUUCCGUUGAAUCUGUCAGUCCGGUCAGUUCUACCACUCCUGUCAGUUCUACUGCACCAGUGAGUUCUACUGCACCAAUUGUCUCCACGCUGGUGAGUGAAUCAAGCGCUACAACUACAAGCGCUGUGGCAAGUACUCCAGCUACUACUACCCCUCCUACCUCAGUGGCUACUAGUACUGACAGCACCGCAAGUUCUUCUAGUAGCUCUAUCACUCUUGGUGAAGUGUCUUCUGCAAUUUCCUCCGAAGCACCUGUCAGCUCCCUGGUUAUCUCGUCUGGACCUUCUUCUCUUCCAGUUCUCUCUACAGAGCUGUCGGCCGAAUCUGCCUCAACUACUGCACCAUCCACGACUAUUGAAACGUCCUCGAGCGAAGACAGUAUCGCAUCAUCUGCCAACCAAGCACCUUCUCAGUCUGUAGUGACAUCCCCAAUUCGUCCUAGCCCAGUUCCUUCUGUAACAACUGCAACUCCUGUUGCUUCGGUUCCUUCUACUGGAAUCGAAACUCCAGCAGCUUCAGCUCCAACUCCAACCGGAAAGCCAACCUCCUCAGUCAGCAACUGGUUGCCUACUGUACUCGAGACUGCUGUGGCCUCUACCACAUUGGCACUGGCAGACAGCACUGUUGUCCCACAAACCUCUGGACUUCCAAAAGCUAUUACACCAGCAAACACAGCCACACCAGGCGACAACUACAGAUUGGUCACUGUUGGAUUUAAGGAGCCUUUGAACUAUCCAUUUGUGGUGUCACACUCGAUUUCGUCUGCUCAGAUCUUCGACUACUUGCCACAGGUAUUGAAGUUCCCAUUCAACGAAAACCCACAGCUUUCUGAGGUGAUGGUCAACAGAAUUGUUCCUUUUGGGUCUCUGGACGUCAACUAUAUUAUUUCAGUGGCUGAGGUUUAUUUCCCAGCAGAUGUAGUUGAUACCUUGCUGCUGUUGCUUGGAGACACUAGCUCCAAGUUGUACCAGAACAAAGAUGCCACAACGAACAUGUUGGCACAAUUGAUUGACAUUCGUAUCCCGCUUACCGGUUUGAACACCGCUGCUCGCCCAACCGCCGCACCUCAGUCAGACAAUGGUUCUGUUGGGUCUUCCGACUCCAAGACACUGAACUCUGGUGUAGUGGCAGGUAUUGCCGUUGGAGCUUCUAUUGGUUCGCUUGCAUACAUGUCUCUUAUGGUUCUUUUGUUCCGCCGUUACAAGAAGAAGAACAUUGAGCUCAUGUCGACAGACUCUGAGAGCCGUGUGGAUAGCGACCACUCCAACAGAAGCCCGGUUUCUAGCCAAACCGGCAAGUUCCAAAUCUCUGUUCCCGUCAACGCGCUGAAUUCUUUGGGUUGGGCGGAGUAA